CUUUAAAGCGUUGCUUUUGGUGAUUUUUCUGUAAUAUUGUUUUCCUUUCUUCUCAUAACUCCAAAAAAGCAUCACAUCAUCACAUCAAUCUGCUCACUGCACAGGCUAAAGGUUACUCCUUUCCUUUCCUACCUCCUCCCUCCGAACUCUUGAAACAAAGCAUUACCAUAGCAACGGCCACUGCUGCUCCCUAGAUAAGGCGUGCAGAAGCACAGAGCAGCAACAGCAGAGGAGAAAGUUCCUGCUCCAGCGAGCCCUGACUUCAUAUCACACCCAUCCCAGAUCCUUUCAGCUGGUGCGGCUUCAGUGAAAGCAGGAUUCGUCCCAAAGUGACUACACAUAAAAAGCUACAAGGGAAAACCUUUUCAAUGACGUCAACAGAAUAUGUGCAGCCACUUGAUAUCCCAGAAGACAGACUGGACAAGCGAGACUCGCACUGUAAUCAUUUCGAUGAUCUUUCAGAACAGCUUAUUAAGAGUUGUGACCUGAACAAGAAACCAAGAAAGGGUAAAGUCAUCCAGGCUUCCCAGAACAAUGAUUUGGAGCAGAAAAAGCCAAGGAGGAAAGACACACCUGCAUUACACACCCCACCACCUAUCCCAGCCAUCCUCUCAGACUUUUCAGACAAUUUGCUUCAAAGGUAUGAGAUCUCAGAGAAACUACAGAAGGAAAAAGGGACUUCACUCUCUCAGGUCACUGAUUUAGAACAGAAAAAACCCAGGAGAAAAGAUACACCUGCAAUACACAUCCCACCACUUGUAACAGACUUCGUGACAUAUUUCAUUAUGAGAGGGCUUUUAACACAGAAAGAAGGAAAACAAGUUGGUUUGACAGAACAACUUGGCAUGCUGAAGUGCAACAGCAGAAGAUUGAAUUCAGGUGAUUUUCUUGACCUCAAGUCAUGCUUUCCCUCAUCCUGUUUUUGGAAUAUAUUAAGUAACACACCAAGAAAGGUGGAUGUAAAACAUUUUUUUAGAAGCCAUUUGUUGGUUUUUACUGGAAAUGGACAGUUAAGCAAAAAUAAAACUCAUCCGUUUGCCCAUUCACAUUGGACCCAAUGA